AUGGCGCCCUCCGAGACCGUUCGCCUGCGACUCCACUUCGACUACCCGCCGCCUUCUUCUCCACGCUGUUCAGUUUUCUGGCUCCUGGCCGACCUGACCAAAUGUCGAGUGGUCACUGACCUGGCCAGCCUCAUCCGCCACCGCUUCGGCUUUAGUUCUGGAUCCGCAUUGGGACUCUACCUGGAUGGGGGAUUACUCCCCCCAACCGAGAGCGCGCGCCUGGUGCGUGACAACGACUGCCUCAGAGUUAAAUUAGAAGAUGUUGAAAUUACUGAGAACUCUGCAGAAGGCAGAAAUGGACUCACUUACUCACACAAAAAAGCACAGAAGAGGAGAACUACAUGGGAGGAACAAGAGUCUGAUGCAGAGAAUGAUCAAUUCACAGAGAAGCAUUGGAAAGGGGGUGAGACAACUGAAGCCUCCUUUGUAGAAUUAGAUCGAGUAAUAAAGAAGAAAAGCAAGAAGAGAAAAAAGAAUGAAGGAGGAAGUGAAGAUAAUGGAAAAUGGACCCCCAACAACUUAGGGAAGGAGAAGGAAGGGAAAGUUGAAGAUAAGAAACAGAAAAAAUCUACAAAGUUAUCUAAGACAAAGACGUUGCCAGAACAGACCAAAAAAAGUCAUAAUGUUCAGAAGAAUGCUACCAAUAAAACCACUUUUGCAGAAACCAAGAGGAAAAAGGAUAUUGGCCUAUCUUCUAAAGCUAACUGUGAUAUCUCAUCAGAUUCUGAUUCUUAUGCCACAUCAUUAGAUGAUAGCCGUGGCAAAGCAAGUCUUGAUGAUAAGAAAUUAGUAGAGGAGCCAUCAUUUAUCACAGUAAAGCCAUCUGGUUCCCACCCAACUGCAAAUAGACGUAUUAGCAUCAUUGACACUAAUAAGGGCAGAGGAGAAUCAUCCUCUAGUUUGGAUUCCAGUUCCAGUUCAGAUGAGCAGGGCAAGAUGCCACGUAGAGCUCCACCAUUGUCUCCUCCACCAACUACAUCAGUAUCUCCAGCAUCUUCACAGUCAAAUGGUCUGGAUACAGACAGUCGCUUAGGAUCAAGAGAAGAGAUGCGAUAUUUGGAUAAGCCAGCAUUGGGGAGCAGUGGAAAACUGACAGCACCUCUGGUUCCAGAAAAAACUCCUCACCCCGGCAGUUUUGGAAGGGGACGGGGAAGAGGAGAGGACCUUUUGCCCUGGAGGGGACCUAGGGGCCGGGGUUUUCGUGGAAUAAGAGGACGAGGGAGAGGGGGAAACAAUUUUACGUAUAAUGUUGAAUCACAGAAACAGCAGCAAUUAACUGAAAUAGCAAAAAACACUUCAAUUCUUAUCCAGAAUCCAGUGGAGACUCCUCAGAAGGACUACAGUCUACUUCCUCAACUAGCAGCACCCCCUCUGGUGGGGGAUAAGAUUGCAUUUAAGCUUUUAGAACUGAGACCAGAUUAUUCUCCUGAUGUGUCUAGUUACAAGGAGGGGAAAAUAAUAAACUACAAUGUUGAUGCUCAGGAAGUAGAAAUAGAAAUCCUUUCAUCUUUACCAGUGGUGAAGGAACCUGGGAAGUUUGACCUGGUGUACCAGAACGAAAAUGGAGCAGAAGUGGUAGAGUAUGCAGUGUCACAGGAAAGAUUGAUAACUAUUCGUUGGAAAGAACUGAUUGAACCAAGACUGAUUAUUGAGCCUCACCCUAACACUCCCAAGUAAAGAUCAGGCCUGAUAACCAUUAUCAUUCCUCCCAAUGUAUAUAUUGCCAGAUAAGGACUAAAUAUAAGGGUUCAAAUAGUUUACAAUUUUUUUUGGUUUGUUUUAGGAUGUUGUGAAGGUGUCUAUAAUUUGGACCUUUUCUAAAUAAAGUAUUUCAGCAUUAUAAAGUAAAAAAAAA